CCGGAUUCCUGACAUGGUGUAGGGCCGAGCGGGUGGGGAAGGCGGGAGCGGGACGCGAAAGGGUUCGGGCUCGGAGCCCGCGGCGGGGCCACCGAGCUGGGGCUUUGAACUCGGACCGAAGGUGAACCAGAACUUUUGGAACUGGCGCCCGUGGCUCUCUACCCCCCAGGCCCAACUGAGAUAGUUCAGGAAACUUUUGUUGCCAAGAGCCUCCGUGAGAGUUCAACCCUCACACUCUGCUGGAAACAGUAUAGAAGAAUUUUAUGGAUCAGUUUAUAAGAAGUACAUGGAAGAUCUGAAGAGCUGAAGAAAAAAAAUCAGUAUUAAACUUGCUUUUAAAAAUCUCUUGGUCGAUAACAACAUGAUGAGUGACGCAAGUGACAUGCUGGCUGCGGCGCUGGAGCAGAUGGACGGGAUUAUAGCAGGUUCUAAGGCCUUGGAAUAUUCCAAUGGAAUUUUUGAUUGCCAGUCCCCCACCUCCCCGUUCAUGGGAAGCCUGCGAGCUCUGCACCUUGUAGAGGACCUGCGUGGGUUGUUAGAGAUGAUGGACGCAGAUGAGAAGGAAGGCUUGAGAUGCCAGAUCCCGGAUUCAACAGCAGAAACGCUUGUCGAAUGGCUUCAGAAUCAAAUGACCAACGGACACCUGCCCGGGAAUGGAGAGGUGUAUCAAGAAAGGCUGGCCCGUUUAGAAAAUGAUAAAGAAUCUCUCGUUCUUCAGGUAAGUGUGUUAACAGACCAGGUAGAGGCUCAGGGAGAGAAGAUCCGAGACUUGGAGUUUUGUCUUGAAGAGCACAGGGAGAAGCUGAACGCCACCGAGGAAAUGCUGCAGCAGGAGCUUCUGAGCAGGACAUCCUUAGAGACUCAGAAGUUGGAUCUGAUGGCUGAAAUAUCUAACUUGAAGCUAAAGCUGACGGCUGUAGAGAAGGACAGGUUGGACUAUGAAGAUAGGUUCAGAGACACAGAAGGGCUAAUGCAAGAGAUCAAUGAUUUGAGGCUAAGAGUCAGUGAAAUGGACAAUGAAAGACUUCAGUAUGAAAAAAAGCUGAAAUCAACCAAAUCUUUAAUGGCCAAACUUUCUAGCAUGAAAAUCAAGGUGGGUCAGAUGCAGUAUGAAAAGCAGCGGAUGGAGCAAAAAUGGGAGUCACUUAAGGACGAACUGGCGUCUUUAAAAGAACAACUGGCAGAGAAGGAAUCUGAAGUAAAAAGGCUCCAAGAAAAACUGGUGUGCAAGAUGAAAGGAGAGGGGGUGGAAAUUCUUGAUCGAGAUGAAAAUUUUAAAAAGAAGCUCAAAGAGAAAAAUAUUGAAGUACAAAAAAUGAAAAAGGCUGUGGAGUCUUUGAUGGCAGCAAAUGAAGAAAAGGAUCGGAAAAUAGAAGAUCUUCGCCAGUGCCUGAACAGGUACAAGAAAAUGCAAGAUACGGUGGUACUGGCCCAAGGUAAAAAAGGCCAAGAUGAUGACUUUGAAGAUCUCCUCACAUCCAGUUCCAUCUCCACUUUGCUGGAGGCGCAGGGUUUUAGUGACCUGGAGACAAGUCUGUCACCUACGCCAGUAAUGGGAUCUCCCAGUCAUGAUCCAUUUAACACAAGUGUUCCAGAAGAGUUCCACACCGGCAUCUUGCAAGUUUCGGUCCCUUCGUUAUUGCCAGCAUCUAAGGGCUUGGAAAUUUCUGAAAAAGCAAAAUUGCCUCCCAAGCCAGAGACUUCGUUUGAAGAGAAUGAUGGAAAAAUAAUCCUUGGUGCUGCUGUUGAAACCCAGCCUUCUGAUGGUCUUCCAACUUCGAGUCUGCAGAAGUCCAGCAGCCUGGGCAAUCUGAAGAAAGAGUCCUCAGAUGGGGAUACGGAGUCUAUUCAGAAGGCUUCAGAGGAUAAAACUCCAGCAGAAAGCAGCCCGUUGGGAAGCCUCCCUCCAAAAGCUCCAGGACACAAUGCCUCCAUGGACGACAACCCCUUUGGCACUCGAAAAGCCAGAUCUUCCUUUGGGCGUGGCUUUUUUAAAAUAAAAAGUAACAAGAGGACAGCAAGUGCCCCCAACUUGGAUCGUAAACGAAGUGCCAGUGCACCCACCUUAGCUGAAACAGAGAAGGAGACUGCUGAGCACCUAGAUCUGGCUGGUGUAUCUUCCCGGCCAAAAGAUGCGCAGGGAAGUAGUCCCUUCCAGAUGUCUCCACCAUCCCCAGAUUCCAAAAAGAAAUCCAGAGGUAUCAUGAAACUCUUUGGAAAACUUAGGAGAAGUCAAUCAACUACAUUCAACCCAGAUGACAUGUCUGAGCCUGAAUUCAAAAGAGGAGGGACAAGGGCAACCGCAGGGCCGCGACUGGGUUGGUCUCGAGAUUUGGGACAAUCUAACAGUGACUUGGACAUGCCAUUUGCCAAAUGGACCAAGGAGCAGGUUUGCAAUUGGCUUGUGGAACAAGGCUUAGGGUCCUACCUGAACUCCGGAAAGCAUUGGAUUGCAUCUGGCCAAACACUUUUGCAGGCUUCUCAACAAGAUCUAGAGAAGGAACUUGGAAUUAAACAUUCACUUCAUCGAAAGAAACUCCAGCUAGCCCUGCAAGCCCUGGGAUCUGAAGAAGAGACCAAUCAUGGAAAGCUGGAUUUCAACUGGGUCACUAGAUGGUUGGAUGAUAUUGGUCUCCCCCAGUACAAGACGCAGUUUGACGAAGGGCGAGUAGAUGGUCGAAUGCUCCAUUACAUGACUGUUGAUGACUUAUUGUCUUUGAAGGUUGUGAGCGUGCUGCACCAUCUCAGUAUCAAAAGGGCUAUCCAGGUCCUGAGGAUCAAUAACUUUGAACCAAACUGUCUGCGGAGGCGGCCAUCUGAUGAGAGUAGCAUAACCCCAUCAGAGGUGCAGCAGUGGACCAACCAUCGCGUGAUGGAGUGGCUGCGCUCCGUGGACUUGGCAGAAUAUGCCCCCAAUCUCCGUGGCAGUGGUGUUCAUGGUGGGCUCAUGGUCCUAGAACCUCGUUUUAAUGUAGAAACAAUGGCUCAGUUAUUGAACAUCCCACCAAGUAAGACCCUCUUGCGAAGACAUUUGGCCACUCAUUUCAACCUGCUGAUCGGUGCUGAGGCCCAGCACCAAAAGCGUGACGCCAUGGAGUUACCAGAUUAUGUACUUCUAACAGCCACUGCCAAAGUGAAGCCAAAGAAACUGACCUUCAGCAAUUUUGGGAAUCUGAGAAAGAAGAAACAGGAAGAUGGGGAAGAAUAUGUUUGUCCAAUGGAAUUGGGACAGGCAUCAGGAAGUACAUGUAAGAAAGGAUUUAAAACUGGCUUGGAUAUGCGCCUGUAUGACGAAGAUGAUCUAGACCGGUUAGAACAGAUGGAAGAUUCAGAAGGGACAGUGAGACAGAUAGGUGCAUUCUCCGAAGGCAUCAAUAAUCUAACACACAUGUUAAAGGAGGACGACAUGUUCAGAGACUUCGCCGCCCGUUCCCCCAGUGCCAGCAUCACCGACGAAGACUCCAACGUUUAACCCACGGCCCUCGAUGAGCAGGAGGAGCCCCUUCUCCACCUUCUUUCACAAACCCUCACGGAGCGCAUAACAAGCAGCAGGUUGUAUAUUGUCUGUAAUUCCAGCUUCUCGUGUGGAAGUGGAAACGGAAAGCAGGGGGUCCAUGCCCGUUCUGAAGAUGCCAUGAAAAAUGAGACACUGGUGAAUGAGACGAUAAUCGUUUUUCCUCUAUUUAAUGUACAAAUCUGUGAUAUAUUAUAUUUAAAGUAUUGCAUUUAAUGUGAGUGUUUUGGUGUCGUGUCACCAUUCCCCUUCGCAGUGUGCAGGGUGUGGGAAGCAGGAAGCAGUAGUCUGCGAGUGAUUCUGUCACAUCCGCUCGGGUGACAGCACUGCAGCCAUGAAAGCAGAGCAUCCUCUGCUUUCAGAAUCAAUAGGUGGAAUUUCUUUAAGCCUUCAGUGUGCCCGCUAAGUGCCAGCCUCACCUCCACUUGCCUCCUGUGGUCCUUUUUUAUAUAUUUUUCUAAAUAUGUGUAUAUAUUUAGUACAUAGAAAACAGAAUUGUAUCUUGUGACAUAAAGCAGAUGGUGAAAAGCAACCAUAGUGAUCAGAAUUUUCAUGGACCAGCUGGUUUCAUGGAAAGGCUGGGAUGGUCAGUCCUUCUCCACAAGUGAGUUGUAACGCUGUUGAUCAUCCCGACUAAAUUAGUGUAUUUGAAAAACCCCUUCUUUGAUGACACAUCACGAAAUUAUUGAAGAGUUUAGAAGUUCAACCUUAGUCUUGGAUCCUGUUACCUGCAAAGGAGGAACUCCAGGGAGUUUAAAUACUGACUUGAAUGCAUUCAGGAGUUCCCCCAAAAUGUAGAAAAAGAAAUGAUUUCUGAAGAAACCAAAACAAAACAAAAACCUUUACAGUAUUAAGCUUCGUAUUUUCCUCUUUGCUAAAUAGUUCAUUACAUCAAAAUAUGAACAGUCUACUUUGUUAUGAACUGUACAUUUCUCAGGCUUUCAAUGAAUGGGAUUUUUUUUAAGAAGCUGACUAUUUGAACAUUUUGUCUCAGAGUUCAGUAACUCUGAGGUUACAAAAAUGAGUUUUAUAAUGGCUUUAUUGGGAUAAGAAAAUGUAGUUCACGUUGUUCGAUAGCACAGGGUCCAAAUAUCAUUUAUCAAGAAAUAGCUGUGUUUAUCACUUUUUAAGGGGUAUUUAAAAACACUGUUCUGUAUUUUAUUCACUACUAUAUCACUUCUCUUAUCGCCAACUUGGGAAAGACAGGUUUUCACAAGCUGGCAUGGGGCGAGCAGCGGCCCGUUUCCCUGCCAACGUCAGGGGUGUGACCGCGCAAGCUACUAGCGGGUUAUCAAGCUUCUCAACAAGCUAACUAAAUCGCUGUCAAACUAAAUUGCUGUUUAUUCAUUACUAAAAUGAUUUGAUGCUAAUAAUUAUCUUUUGCUCCCUACUAGUCAUUGUUUGUAACUGUAUCGGACUCUUACAUAUUAGUGUUUUAUUUUAAGGUGAACAUCUGUCACCAUUUGAAAACCAAUUGUUUAUUGAAACCUGGUUAAAAAGUACCAGGAGACUGUUAUAGAUGCCAAAUAUUCUUUAUUCAGGACAGUGUAACAUAACUGAUGAUAUGUGAUGAAGUUAAGAUUUUUUUGACGAUAUAUAUUUUAUUUACAAAAUAUUGUACACUUCUGAUAUUAUCAUAUGAAAAGAAAUAAAGUCAAUUGGCAAUUGCCUCAUUUUUA